ACGUAAUUAAACAGUGUUUGCUAACUGCAAGUUUUCAAUCUUACACAACUAAUGUCAUUAUAGAUUUUUAUCUUUGCGUAUGUCAGUGUAAAACUAAAUAAACAAGGGUGUGCAUAUAUAUUUUUACAUAUGUGUAUUUACCAAUGUGUAUGUAUAUGUGCGUGGAUGUACGCCACACCCUCCCUCCCUCUCUCAGCUUUCAUUUAUCGUUCCGCCUCUCAUUUGCCGACUACAACCACAUCGCUAGCAAGGAUCGGUUAUUAUCAAUGUUAGUAUGAACUGAAAAUUAAGGACAUUCAGAGCCGUUUAACAUUCAUACCUGGAAAUAAGGAAAAGAAAGUAUUUUCUGGCUUACAUCCAUAAGAAGACAUGUAUUCAACACAAUCUAACAUGUAUCCUGUUGGGCAGCAGUUUAUGUGUGAUAUCUGCGGUCGUGCUUUUUCACUCUAUGACCAGCUGAAGUUGCACAAACGUUCCCAUACCACUGAUAACAAGAUGUACAACUGUGAGGUGUGCAAAAAAUCAUUCACACAGAAAAUCAACUUGAAGAACCAUGCCCGAACUCACACUGGAGAAAAACCAUUUUCAUGCCCAACAUGUUCGAAAUCCUUCAGUCAACGUGGCAACCUGAAAAUACACCAACGUUCUCACACAGGUGAAAGGCCUUUCCAUUGUCACCUUUGUCCCAAAGCCUUUAGUCAGAAGGGAAACCUAAAAACACAUGUUCGAACUCAUGUCAACAAGCGUGUUUUCACCUGUGAAACAUGUGGUAAAGUCUUUACCCAUAAGUCAUUGCUUCAGUGUCAUGAAAAGGCUCACAUGUUUGAAAGAAUGUCAAAUAUCUCUGAUGUCUACACACCAAACAACAGUGCUGUUUUUGACUUGAACAAUCCAGCUAGACCCAUGCACUAAGGUGUUGCUAUUGCAAUGUUUCUAAUGUGGAUUCUUCAUAGCAACCAUUCCUACAUGAUUCUGCACACAGCUUGAUGUAGACAUCAGUUUAAUUCAAAAUUGGUUUUAUCCUUUUUCCCAUGUUGCUCAAUGUAACCACUUAGGUUCAUUCUAAUAACUUCCUUUAUUUCAUGCAUGAUAGAUUUCAAAGAACUCCAAAUGUGUUUGUGACAAAACAACUCAUGUGCCAAAGUUUCUGUAUUUUAUUUACUGUGAAUUCUUGUUGGUUAAAUUUAAUUCAUCAAA